CGUCCAGUCUCCGGGCCAUAUCCCGUACAUGGGACCAAAUCCAAACCGGUGCUGAGAGUGAGGGGCAGCACCCCCCCGUUCCCCUCCCCGAGCUGGGGGGGCUGGUCUCUGUGUCCCCCCAAAAAGGACCCCACGAGUCUCCCAUUCACCCGGGGCAGAGCCAGAGCGUGUGACUGGGGUCACCCGGGAGCUGCACACGCAUGCACACACGUGUCCCCAGUGAACUAAACUGGGGGGGCCGGGUCCCCCCCCCUUUUUGGGGUGGGACUAUGCAAACGAGAUCCCCUUCAUAUCCCCCCGUCCCCUUUGCCUCUGCCCUGGCGGUGCCCGAACGUGGGGGGAGACGAGGACAGUGGGACGAUGUGGGUGCACGGGGCGAUCACGGUGUUGGGGACCCUCCUGGUCCUGGCUACGGCACAGCGGCGAGCCGGUGAGCGGAGCCGCGGCCGGGGCCAAGCGUGGAGCGGGCGGCCGGCACCAUUCCGGAGCUGGGACUUGGAGCUCUACCGUCCGUGGCAGGAGGGGACACCGCGGCAGCGGGACUGCUGGCGAGGCGGCGACGUCACCUUUGACAUCAGCAACGACGCUCCCACCAUGACGGGCGCCGAGGCCACCUUCUCCAUCGCCCUCCGCUUCCCCAGCACCCAGGCGGUGCUGCCCGACGGCCUCGUCGUCUGGAGCCGGAACUGCACCGUCAACGGCACCCGCGUCAUCCAGGGUGACCCCGUCUUCCCGGAGCAGCUGGCUGAGGGCGCGGACGGCGUCUUCCCCGAUGGGCAGCCAUUUCCCCCCAGCGCCGGCGGCAAGCGCGGAAAAUUCGUCUACGUCUGGUGGACAUGGGGGCGCUACUGGCAGGUGGUGGACGGUGCCACGUCCCAGCUGACGGUGGGCACGGCGGGGGUGCCCCUGGGCUCCUACACCAUGGAGGUGGUCGUCUACCAUUACCGCGGCCAGCAGAAGUUCAUCCCCAUCGGCCGCGCCAGCACCCAGUUCAGCAUCACUGACCAAGUGCCCUUCGCGGUGGACGUGGCGCAGGUCCGGGGCGCGGCGGAGGGCGACGGGCGCUUCGUGCGUAACCGCGCCGUGGCCUUCACCGUGCGGCUGCACGACCCCAGCCGCUACCUGCGCGACGCCGACAUCUCCUACUCCUGGGACUUCGGGGACCAGAGCGGGACCCUCAUCUCCCGCAGUGCCACCGUCACCCACACCUACCUGGAGGCCGGGUCCUUCGCCGCCCGCCUGGUGCUGCAAGCCGCCAUCCCCCUCAGCCCCUGCGGCACCUCCGCAGCCCCCGUCGUGGACCCCACCACCGGGCCACCGCCGUCGGCGGGACCCACGGCCACGCAGCCCGCUGGCACCACGCCGAGGGGGCAGAGCACCGCCGCGGCACCCACCGCUGUGCCUGCAGCAUCCAGCUCGCCGGCAGAGCCCACAGGGGGGUCGGUGGCCGUGCCCUCGGACCCCGCCGUCACCGUGUCCUCGGACCCCGCAGUCACCGUGUCCUUGGACCCCGCCGUCACCGCCCCCGUGCUCCUGGCACUCAGCACCCCGGCAGAUGCUGCCAACGGAACCACGGGCACUGACCCUGCUGCCGCGGCACCCACGGACCCCCCGCUCCCCACCUCGGUGGCCCCGGCCGGGGACGUACUGGGCGCCUCGGCCCCUGCAGCCACAGAGGGAGCGGCGGUGGCUGCAGAUGCGGCAACAGCUGGAGCCGUGGAGGAUGCCACAGCUGGAGCCACAGCUGCACCUACAGCUGGAGUCACAGCCGGAGCCACGGCCGAAUCCCUGGUUGAAGCCACAGCUGGGGCAACCGUAGAAGCCAUGGCUGUAUCCCUCGCUGCUGCCACAGCUGGAGUCACAGCUGGAGCUGCAGCUGCCCCUGCCAGCUCCGCCGAGCCACUGGUGCUGGUGAAGCGCCAGGCGCCGGUGGCCAAGGUCACCGGCUGCAUCCUGUACCGCUACGGCACCUUCUCCACCCAGCUCGACAUCGUCCAGGGGAUCGAGAGCGUGGCCAUCGUGCAGGUGGUGCCGGUGGUGCCGGAGAGCAGCGAGAGCAGCGUGGAGCUGACGGUGACCUGCGAGGGGAGCCUGCCCGAGGAGGUGUGCACGGUGGUGGCGGACGCCGAGUGCCGGACGGCGCAGACGCAGACGUGCUCGGCCGUGGCACCGGCCCCCGGGUGCCAACUCGUCCUGCGCCAGGACUUCAACCAGUCCGGCCUUUAUUGCCUCAACGUCUCCCUGGCCAACGGCAACAGCCUGGCCGUGGCCAGCACCCGCGUCGCCGUCGGAGGCGCUGCCCCGGCUGCCAGCAGGACCACGCUCUUCGUGGGACUGGCGCUGGUCGCCGCUGCGCUGGGAACCGCUGCCUACACCUACAGGCGUGUGAAGUACAGCCGGCUGCUGGCCGCGGCCCCCCCGGCCCCCCGCCCCUGGUUGCCCCCCAGCUCUGCCCUCCGUCUCCUGCUGCAUCAGGCUUUCGGGGGGGCCCCCAGCAGCGAGAGCAGCCCCCUGCUCCGUGCCAACACCGUCUAGGGACCCUCCCCCCGCCCCCCCCCCCCAGCUCUGCGCCACCCCCCCCUGCCUGGCCCGAGCCCCCAGGAACCAGGGGGGGGGCUGCGGGUGGUGAAGGGGGGGGUCGUGUGGCCCCGGCCUUGCCGUCACCAAGAUUAAAGGUUCAGCUCAGCCGGG